AUGGGCCCCCUCGGCCGGGAAACCUGGGCCCAGCGCCUGGGCACCUUCCGGGCCAGCCCAUCCGCCUUCAUGGCAGGUCCCGAGGGUGAGGAUCUGGGUCGUGACCUGCUGAGCGACUUGAGGAGUGAGAAGCUGAGCGAGCCCAUGAAGGUUGCCCUGCUGGCUCUGUGCUUGGAGUACCCAGCCCAGCUGUGGCCGGACGCCCCUGCAGCCGAAGCAGCCGCCACGUCUCUGUUGGACACUCUGGUCCUCCUACCCCCGCGGCCCUCAGCUCUGCGGCGGCCCCUGCUGCUGGCGGCCACCACAGCCUUGGCGGCAGGAGGUGCGCUGAGCCCCGCCUCGGGAGCCUCCCGCCGGCUCCUGCCCCUGUUGCUUGGCUUGGCCUCGGGUCGCGAUCUGGGGCGAAGCUUCGGCCCUGCCUCGGAACAGCGCCCCCUGCAGGCCACAGCGUGGGAAUGCCUGCGGGAACUGGAGAGCUGCCGGCCGGGGCUGCUGGGGGGCUGCCUGGGGCUCCUGCGGGCCCUGCUGGGACGCGAGGGCCCGGUCCAGCCCCUCAGCCUGCUGCUGGCACUUGCUCUGCGAAACGCCUUGGUGAUACAAGCCAGGGCCGGGGCCGGCCUGCAGGGCCUGCUUACGGCUGGGGACUCUUCCAUGGAGGGUGGACCCUGGAACUGGACACUAGCUGAGGAGGGUGAUGUCCACCUUCAGCCCCAGGCACCCAGUUGGCCGGCGGCUGAGGAGGGCGAGUGUGGCCUUGCGGCGCUGGAGCUCAGUCCUGAGGAGGCCCGGCAGCUGCGGGCCACUGUGGCCCAGCUUCUGGACGCCUCCUACUUGCUCACUCCUGUGGCCCAGGCCCAGCUUCUGUGGCUCCUGGGCUGGGCCCUGCGGGGUCUUCGGGGACAGCCACCAGUACUCUUCAAGCCGCAACUGGUACGGCUGCUGGGCACAGCCCAGCUGACGCUGCUGCACGCCAUGCUGGCUCUGAAGGCGGCCUUUGGCGAGGCCCUGUUCACGGCCCAGGAUGAGGCCUUGCUGCUUCGCCGGCUCACCUUGGCUGCUCAGCACCCAGCCCUGCCCCUGCCCACCCAUCUCUUCUACCUGCACUGUCUCUUGAACUUUCCUGAAAACUGGCCGCUGGGACCCACAGGUGAGGAGGCCGCCCCACUGUUGCUGGGGUCCCAGCUUUGCCGUGGCCUCCUGCCCAGCCUCCUGCAUGAGCCGAUGGCCCUCCUGGCCCGCCUGCACCUGCUGUGUCUUCUCUGCAUGGAAGAGGAAGAAAAGGAGGAAAAGGGCCAGGAUCAGAGUCCCCGGCACUAUCUGGAGGAGCUCCUGGCUGGCCUGCGGCAGAGGGCGGCCCUGGACAGUGGCCCCCGGGCCUUGGCUACUCUCUGCUUCCAGGCCUCAUACCUAGUUGCUCACUGCCUGGCUGGGCAACCUGUGGUACUGACACCUUUGACCCAGGGACUGGCCCAGUUGUACCGAAUCCGGCCUGCGCUGGCUCCCCAUUUUGUAGAUCUCUUGGAUCGAGUGGGCCCUGAGCUGCAGGAACCCUUGAGGGUGGCCUUGCGGCAGGAGGUGGUGUCCAGGCCGGGCAGAGAGGAGGCCCUCCGUUGGCACCUGCUGAUGCUGGCCAGGGUGGCAGAUGGGGAUGCCCAGAGUGCCACGCUUAACUUUCUGUGGGCUGCAGCCACCCACUGCACAGACUGGGGCCUCCAACAGGCCCUGCUGCGGGUCUGCCGGGCCCUGCUGCGGGCAGGCGUUAGAGAAGGCCUGGUGGACUUGCUACAGGCGCUGGCCAGGCAGCUGGAGGACCCUGAUGGGCAGGACCACGCACGCCUCUACUACAUUCUCCUGGCCCACCUAGCAGGCCCCAAGCUGGGGGUGGCCCUGGGCCCCUCCCUUGCUGCACCUGCACUGGCCUCCUCGCUGGUGGCCGAGAACCAGGGCUUUGCUGCGGCGCUGAUGGUGCAGGAGGCUCCGGCCCCGGUUCGGCUAAGCGUGGGUCCCCGCAGAACCGAGGGCCCAGUCCCGGUGCUCCAGCUCCAGGUGGAGGUGCUAGAGCCAGUGUAUUCUCUGGAGCUGCGCUUUCGUGUGGAAAAACAGCUCUAUGCACCCUUGAGGGCUGUCCACGUGCCCUACCUGUGCCCCGGCCGCCCCACCCGCCCUCUGCUCCUGCCUCUGCAGCCUCGACGCCCGGCUCCCGCGAGGCUGGCCGUGCGUGCCCUGUACAGCACACCCAGCGGCCUCACGUGCCACGCUCACCUGCCACCCCUGCUUGUGACCUUCGCUGACCUCUUCCUGCCUUUCCCCCAGCCCCCUGAGGGGGCCCAGCUGGACUUCUUUGAGGAGCUCUGGGACUCCUGCUUGCCGAAGGGUACUGAGAGUCGCUUGUGGUGCCCUCUCGGGCCAGAGGGGCUGGAGGCCUUGGUGUCCCGCCACCUGGAGCCCUUUGUGGUGGUGGCCCAACCCCCCGUCAGCUACCUUGUAGCCAUCCGUCUGCCCCCAGACUCGCGGUUGCUGCUGCGGCUGGAGGCACCCCAGGCGGAUGGAGUGCCUGUGGCCCUGCGGACUGACGACUGGGCCGUGCUGCCCCUGGCGGGGGACUACCUCCGUGGGCUGUCAGCGGCUGGCUGA